AUGGCUAUUAAGAUCGUAAUUUUGGCUGUUUUCAUCGCCGUCUGUUCCGCUGGAAAUGUUCCAGUUGCAUAUCCCGCCCCUUAUCAUAGUCCUUAUCCCGCACCGGUAUAUUCUGCACCUGUAGCCAAAGUAGUAGCACCUGUUUAUUCUAAAACUGUUGCUCCAGAACCAUACGAUCCCCAUCCUCAUUACAGUUUCAAUUAUGACAUUCACGACGAACACACCGGGGACGUUAAAAGCCAACAGGAGGAACGCGAUGGGGACGUAGUAAAAGGAUUCUAUUCUUUCAUCGAAUCUGAUGGAGCAAGACGUGUUGUUGAAUAUACCUCUGACCCGGAACACGGAUUUAACGCUGUUGUCCGCAGAGAAGAAGGUGCUGCUCAUCCAACUGGCCCUGCUGCUGCUCCAGCUUAUGCUAAAGUAGCUGCUCCAUUUGCCAAAGUUGCAGCUCCAGUUUAUGCUGCUCCAAUUGCCAAAGUUGCAGCUCCAGUUUAUGGUGCUCCGGUUGCCAAAAUUAGUGCUCCAGUCUAUGCACCUCCAAUCGCCAAAGUUGCUGCCCCUGUCUAUGUAGCUAAAGCCGCACCAGUUCCAGUUGCUAAAGUAGCUGCAUAUCCAAGUUACACAUCUAGAGGAUAUUAUCAUUAA